GGCGGGCGAGAGAGAGAGCACACAGCCAUCCUCAGCCCCGACGGCAGACACACACAGCAGACGUGCAGCAUUGCAGCACCGCGACUCAUCACAGCCACAGGACGCUCCCCGCUCAGCAGCAGCAGCAGCACAAAUCACAUCCUCGGUUCCGGCAGCAACAGCAGCAGUAGCCAGUACCCGUAACGUUUGUGUGGUUUUUUUUGGUAGGAUAAUAUUUAUUUCACCCCGUAACAAUAUAUUUCCUUUUGCUUCCUCUUCGUUCGGUGAAUUAUUCGCGGACGGUGACAACGCAUAGAAACUGCUUACCCCUAUUUCGAGAGGCAAGAGAUUUACCGUACAUCGUGCAGAGAGAGAGAGAGAUGGCAAUGAAGAGUCUACCACUACUGCGGUCGCUGCUGCUGGCCGGACUGUUGGCUUGUCUACUGGAGGGAGCCCUGUGCGAGACGCCGACAGAGGCGCAGGAUGCAGAGGAGGUGAUCGACAUUGACAUGGAGGCGUCUGCAGACGGGCCAGACGACGAGGAUGGAGAAAUUCCCAACUCCGGCUGGGGCUCUGGUGGAGGGCUUUCUGAACAAGGAGAUGUCACCUUAGCAGCAGCUCCGACCAGCGCGCCCUCCUCCACCCAGAGCAGCACUGUUCCCAUGGUGGAGGAGGCCGUAUUGGAGCCGGGCGAAGGCUCAUCCCUCGGCUUCCUGGAAACUACAGUGUCAUCGAUAACCCCAUCCUCUGCCACCCUCAGCGAAACCACAGAAGAGGCAAUAGUGCCCGUUGUAGGCAUUGAGGCGUCCGCGGAGGAAUCUACGGAUUCGGUCGUUCAGGAGGCUUCUGCAACCACGCAGUCGUCUGCCGAGGUUCCGGCAACCACCGAAUGGAAGGAGGUGGCUGCGGUAAUCGAGGAAGCGUCCGCGUUCGCACAGACCACAGUCAUGACGCCGGCACAUACCCCAGAGGAGCAGCCCUUAGUGGAGGUGUCAGCGGAGGAUGUAAUGCUCACAACUGUCACUACAGCGACAAAAACAACACAAAGCAGCGAAGAAACAAUUUUGAAAGAUGUGGUGGGUGUAGUCUCGGAAGACAGUGACUCAACCUCGACAGAAGGCUCAGCCCCUGAGGCUCAAACCGUAGACAGAUUCCUAACAGCCGAUCUAGCAACGACGGCUCCGGCAACAACAACUGCUGCUGUUACAACAUCGGAAAUGACGACAACUACAACCGAAGUUUCAACCGAGCCGGAACCAACGACGCCAGAUUUGUUUGGAGCAGCCCAGCGGUCUGGAGAUGAUCUAUUUGAAUUUUCAGUGUCAGAAGCCACGUCUACAAUAAAUGACAAGGCCACGAGUGAAACCGUCACUGCACAGUAUCCAGAAAUUACAUCAGCAACCACGUAUACGGACAGUGAGACAUCAGCCAUCAGCGUAACUAGCGCCACUGUGAGAGCGAUACUGCAUGGCGUGCCCAGGAUCUUUGAAUCAGAUUCGGUGGAUGAUACUACAAGUCAGAUGCAUGAAAGCACACCGAUGCAGGAGGUGCCGGCAGUACGGGACGUGGUGCUGGGUGUUGGAGACGAGGACGUGGUAAACUUUGGGACGACCGCUCUUCCACCACUCUCCACAGGCUCCCCGGCCGUCCACCAUCAGCACGAGGAACCCCUGGAGAAGACCGAGGUCCUCGCUGCGGUGAUCGCAGGUGGUGUUGUGGGCCUGUUUCUGGCCGCCUUCCUGGUGGCCGUGCUGAUUCACCGCAUGCGCAAGAAGGACGAGGGCAGUUACACCCUGAACGAGCCCAAGCUGGCCAGCGGCAGCUACCAGAAGGCGCCCACCCAAGAGAUCUACGCGUGAACGCCGCACUCCGUUGAAAAAAAAAAGAGAGCGAGCGGUGUUGUAAAGUUCACACUCUUCACGCUCAAUUCUGAAUUAAUGUAUUUUAUUUUAUUACCUCUUCUUUUAUUCUUUAUUUUUUUACCUUGAGAAGCAUUUCCAUAUUUUAUGAGUGCCCUAACUUUUGGGUUUCAUUGGGCACAAGUGCUUGCGCUUGAUAAACAACAAGUGGUUUAAUGAGAUGCAGAAUUUGAAAAACACCACAGGAGACAAAGCGAAUUUGUGAUACUGCGUGUUAUAAUGAACACGCAUCAUGUGGGAAAUAAAAUUAAAACUCCUUCCGAGAGUAUUACUUGUAAAACUGCCACGUGCAUAGGCAACAUGAAUUAACUGCUUUGGCCAUUAUAAUUUCAUAUUCUUAACUGUGAUGUUAAUUUAACUGUUUUGAACGUGGGUGAAUUGUUGGCAUCUGUAGCUCUAUACCAUGCCAUUAUUAAAUGAAUGCAUUUAAGACUACAGCUAUGUAAUAAUUGCAUCAAAGCUACACGAUAGCCCUUAAUUCAUACAAAUAUACCAACAGUCAAUAGAAAAAAUGGUUGUUAACAUCUGAUCCCCAUUAUUCUUGACCAAACACACAUGCAUUGUUAAACAUUUUUUUUUGGCUUUUGUCAAGAGGCAGUGUAGAAGUUUUAAUGAGUUACUCUAUAGCCCAUCCUGCUGAUUUCAACAGGGCACAUUUUCAAGUGAAUCAUUGUAGAGUCACAAGUUAAUGAAGCACCUAACUGUUGUAAUAUCAGCAAUGCAUGAUGGUUAAAAUUAUGACGAUUUUCAUCAAUGAUUUACUUUGUAUACAAUUUAAAAACAGGUAUCUAGUACGUUAAAGUUAUCAAUGUAUUGACUUAACAUUGCUAGAAAGGUAAAAAAAAAGAAUAUCGUUCUGGAUAAUUGCCGUAGCUUUGUACUUUGUUACAUGUAUAAUCAAACAGGGUUCAUCAAUCUCUUGUAUGUAUUUACAUGGUCCCCAUUCCCCUGCCCCCACCCCAUCAUGUUACAAAUCAAGCUGUUCAGGUUAAAUGUAAUGUCGUAUUGCAAAGCUAUUGGUUUAAUGCUUGUAUAAUUAUUUUAGUUACAAUUAUUGGCCUCUUAUUAAAGAGCGUUGUUUUUUUCUUGUUAUUUCCUAAUUUGUUUUAAAGGCUGCAUAUCUGGUGAUGCUUCAGGUGUUUGAUUAUGGUACGGUAGUAAUACGAAUUGUUAAAUGGAUUUGUAAAUUGUUUAAAAAAAUUGCUCACCAACUGAUAACCCCUUAAUGUUUGUCAACAGCACAAUGCAGCAAAUGACACGGCCUCUGUAGAAAGGUUCAGCAUAAUUCACACACAUAUUUAACAUUUAGUAUUUGACAUAAACAAAAUUGUCAUUAAACUAUGCUAUAAACAUUUAGUGUCUGUGCAUAAAUAUGCCAAGCACUUUUGAAAUUCCGAAACAUAAAUAUUGAAAGGUAAAAUAAAACAAUGCAUACAAAAAACACCAACCGAAAAAAUACAUUUAGAUACCAUCAAUAAACCAUGAGCUUUAAAACAUUUAGCUCUGUCGACACUGAAAUGUAAAACUGUAAAUAUUUCUGCGAACUGUCCAAGCUAAUUUUAAACAGAACAUUUAUGUUCAGGUUAUUUGGAGCACAAUUGAUUUAAAUUGGUCCUUUUGACCAUUUCUUUAUUUUAGGUUUUCUUGAAUUUCCCAUAGCAUUAUUCACGUCACGUAAAUUGUUGGCUAUUACAUGAACACACACACGCACACUAAUAAACACACACGGAAUCGAAUGAAUCCUGUUGGUGAAACCCGGAGCAAACCUUAUUGCCACAGCAGCCACAGUUGUCGAGCAAACAUUUCAAGGAGUCAGCAUACUUUUCCCACUGUUGGUGAUUAACACUUCCUCGAUCUCUGCUUUAUUUCUGCGUACGAAGCAUUGCUGGCUGAGGGCCUACGAAGCACCUUAUGAAAUGUCAGAGGGAUCAGGGAAAGCAGCACCGCCUCGCUUAUUUAUUAUGGAUGCUCCGUAUUACCCUUCCCCCCGCCCGCCCCGACAGCAUAAUAAAGUAAAUAAAUACAAUUCAUAUUUUUCUCCCUGCGAACAAUAUUUAGGCUGAAUGAACUCUUGUUUCCAGCGAUUUCUACGUGCUUUGUUUUUGUCUUUAGUCAUAAAGGUUUGUUUGUCAUGAAAUAUUGCUAAUGUUUACCUUGACGUUGCUGUUGUUCGUAUUAUUUCAAAGGUGCAUCUACAUGUGGUACCAAUUAAUGAAGCUAAUUACGAUGAAUGUAAGCGUUGUUAAUUCUUUAAGCAUUGUGAGGCUGUGUGUACAGUAUUUUCCAUGAAGUCCCAUUUAUAAUAAUGUUGGACAAUUAAACAGUGAUUUCUUUCA